GGGUCUCGAGCCAAGAUCGCCCUCUUGGGCAUCGGUGCGAUCGGCGGCGGGAGGCUCCCUGGGAACCAGGUGGUCCAAGGGCUGAGCUGUGUGGCCAGACAAGAGGUCCCUGCCCUCCCCCAGUGAGCCCUGCCGUUCCUGUGGGAGCCAUGAAGCUGAACGAGAGGAGUGUAGCCCACUAUGCACUCAGCGACUCCCCAGCAGACCACACGGGCUUCCUGCGCACCUGGGGGGGCCCAGGAACCCCAUCAACCCCUAGUGGCACUGGCCGAAGAUGCUGGUUUGUCCUCAAGGGCAACCUGCUGUUCUCCUUUGAGAGUCGCGAGGGCCGGGCCCCGCUGAGCCUGGUGGUGCUGGAAGGCUGCACAGUGGAGCUGGCUGAGGCUCCCGUGCCUGAGGAGUUUGCCUUUGCCAUCUGCUUUGAUGCUCCUGGAGUGCGCCCACACCUGCUGGCCGCAGAAGGGCCGGCGGCCCAGGAGGCCUGGGUGAAGGCGCUGUCUCGGGCAAGCUUUGGCUACAUGCGCCUGGUGGUACGUGAGUUGGAGAGCCAGUUGCAGGACGCACGCCAGAGCCUGGCUUUGCAACGCCGCUCAUCCUGGAAGUCUGUUGCCAGCCGCUGUAAGCCCCAGGCUCCUAACCACCGAUCUGUGGGCCUGGAGAAUGGCCACUCCCUCUCCAAGGACAGCAGCCCCGUGGGCUUGGUUGAAGAAGGGGGCAGCAGGUCUUCAGGGCGGGGGUUGGCUGAGUGGGAGCUGCAGGGCCCUGCCAGCCUCCUCCUAGGCAGGGGGCAGAGCCCUGUGUCCCCUGAGACCUCCUGCUUCUCUACCCUGCAUGACUGGUAUGGCCAGGAGAUCAUGGAGCUGCGGCAGUGUUGGCAGCAGAGGGCCCAGAGGAGCCAGCCAAAAUGUGAGGAACAGGAUAAGCCCUAAGUCUGGACCCUUUGAGUCAGGAAACCAGGGCCAGUUCUUUUUUAGGAGUUAAAUGUUUACCCAUUUCCAACGUUGUGUUUUGGGAGGGGACAUGGGUUCUCUCCUUCCUGCUAUUUAGGCAUUCUCCAGAUUCCAGAUCCACCCGUGUGUCUGGAAGGGACUGAGGGACCAUUCCUUCCAUCCUCUUUAUUUCCUGAGGUCCACAGAGGAAAGGAGACUUAGACACCACAGAGCAAGACCCCUAUCUCCUGACUGCACUGGCCUGACUGGCC